AAGAGUCCACCCAGCGGGCCCAGGCGCACGUCGGCCCCGCGGUGCCCACGGCGCGCGGAGCUUCGGACCAUGCCUGUGUCCGAUCAGGCAUUUGUUACACUGGCCACCAACGACACGUACUGCCAGGGGGCCCUGGUCCUGGGGCAGUCACUGAGGAACCAGAGAGCGACCAGGAAGCUGGUGGUGUUGAUCACUCCCCAGGUGUCUCACCUGCUCAGGGUCAUCCUUUUGAGGGUGUUCGAUGAGGUCAUCGAGGUGAACCUGCUCGACAGUGCAGACUACAUCCACCUGGCCUUCUUGAAGAGACCUGAGCUUGGAGUCACCCUCACCAAGCUCCACUGCUGGACGCUCACCCAUUACAGCAAGUGUGUGUUUCUGGAUGCCGACACCUUGGUUCUGUGCAACGUCGACGAGCUGUUUGAUCGCAGCGAGUUCUCCGCGGCCCCGGACCCCGGCUGGCCCGAUUGCUUCAACAGUGGGGUGUUCGUCUUCCAACCAUCCCUGGAGACCCACAGCCUCCUGCUGCGGCACGCCACAGAGCACGGCAGCUUCGACGGGGCAGACCAAGGCGUCCUGAACAGUUUCUUCAGCAGCUGGGCCUCGGCGGACAUCCAGAAACACCUGCCGUUCAUCUACAACGUCAGCAGCAACUCCUUCUACACCUACGGCCCCGCGUUCAAACAAUUCGGUUCCAGCACAAAGGUGGUCCACUUUUUGGGGCCCACCAAGCCUUGGAACUACAAGUACAAUCCACAGACUGGCUCGGUGUUGGAGGACGGCUCCGGGGUGGUCCAGCAUCAGCUGUCCUUCCUCAAUCUCUGGUGGACAAUCUACCACCACAGCAUCCUGCCUCUUUAUGGAAACAUCUGGGACCAGCAGGGCCAUCCAUCUCUUGGGAACACCGCUUCUCUCGGUCGUGUUGAGGUGCCGCGUGCAAAUCCAGCACCUCACAACUCAGGGUUGCGUGAAAAUUCAGCAACCAGGUCUGCUGAGGAGUCUUCAGAGCCAACCAUGGUCACGAAUGAGGUUCCACCCUCGUCUGAAAGAGGCCAUUUGGGAGACAUGUUAGGUUGGCCUGCUGGUGAGAGUGUCACUGGAGUGACCUGUGACCCCGUCACACCGCCUCUGCCCCCAUUCGAAGACGUCAUAGAGACACACAGCACCUUGAUCCGGGCUUCGGUGACCGUGCAUCAUCAGGACGUUGAACCCGGACAGAUGCUUCAUAGUAAAACAAUGUAUAGGCGCGUGUCUGUGGAAGAUUCGACCCAGGCAAUGGAUCCAACAGGAGGUGGCCCAUCUGAGAGCUCCAUGGAACUAAGCCAGGAGCCUCCUGUGAAUGUCACCAGGGACCCCAGCCCUCAAGAUGCGUUGGAGGUUGGCCUGGCCAUCUCCAUCUCUGAGAUUUCCAUAGAAGAGAAGGUCAAGGAACUGAGCCCGGAGGAAGAGAGGCGGAAGUGGGAAGAGGGUCACAUCGACUACAUGGGGAAGGACGCCUUUGCCCACAUUCAGGAGAAGCUGGACCGGUUUCUACAGUAACCUGGGCAGCAGCUGUGUGGCAUUGGACAGGGAAUCCAUGGGCUCUGUAUCGUAGAUGCCACCCCCAGUCCUUCAGAAGAAAAAGCUGUUGAACUCUGUGCCUCUAUUUAUGGUUAUUUAUGGUCAACCCACUUGAGUGCCUCAGAACAAUAAUGCAGACCAUCAAAAGCCCUGCUUGAAGACCCCUGCAGAUCCUAGCUGCCCACAGGGUCUCGGCUUCCUUGUGAAAUCAGACUUUCU